AUGAUCGAGCGGGGGUGCCAGGUGGGGAAAAGUCUAUUUGACGCCUUCUUCGAGGGGAAUUCCAAUGAGUGUUGCCCCAGUGAGUUUUUCAAAAAAGUGUUGAAUGACGCGGGUUUACAAAAAGAGUUUUACAGCUUUGUCAAGCUUUACAAUUAUUUGAUGGGCGAACGGGUGGAAAAUGAAAACCUACACGAUGAGCUGCUAAAGAAUGUCUCAAUUUUGCUGAACAGGAUUGAAAUAAAAUUGGCGAGCUGGACAGCAAUUUUGGCAAAUGCCCCAUUUUAA